AUGUCUUCAGGAGACUAUGAGUCAAGACGCCGGGUCAGGACCGAGGAGCAGCAGCACAGGAAGAGGCUGGUCGACCGUGUGAAGCAAAAAAGCAACCGAUAUGAGGCGAAAACCAGGCUGCAGUCCAUCCAAUCCGGCAUCGAGAAUAUCCAGCAGACUUUGGAGCUUCUCUCCACCCAAGUCCAAUGCGCUUACCCACCAAUAGCGCCUUCUCAGGCUGCUGCAUCGAGUAGCUCCGAUGAGUACGGGUCCCAUCCUGCGUUGUCGGCAUACACAGCAACAGCCAUCGAAAAUCCCUUGCUUUGUAUCCAGAACCCCCCAAUGGCGUAUCACUCGCAACCCGCCCUCUGGUCUCUCGAUGCUCUUCUGCUAUCACCAAGCACGAGUUUACAACUGGCCCCGUUCCAGUGCCGAUGCGGGAUAGCGCAUUCCAAGACGAACGAGUGUAUGGAGCGACAAGUUCAUGCCAUUUUGUACGAGAGAAACAUUCGCCAAUUACAGCAGCCACAACUGCAUCAUAACCUUCUACCGCGCAACCCGCCUCUUCCGGGUUGGUCAGGCUUUGAGAACUCGUUGAUUGAAAGCUCGUUGGUGUCCAUCCUUCGCGGGUACAACUUCAAGUCUACGGAGACGCUAUUCGGGUGCUACUUCUUUGCCUACCGACUUCUACGGUGGCGCUUGCGCUCAGAUGAAGAGUCCUUCGCCGAUCUACCCGGCUGGCUUAUCCCCACGACGACGCAAUACACAGCGCCCCACCCCGUCAGCAUCGACUUCAUCCCCUGGCCAGGCAUCCGUGACUACCUAUGCCUGAACCAGAACCAGGAUUAUCGACAAGUGAGCAAGAUUUACGUCGAGUCUCUCUACCUAUCUUGUCCCAAGACAUGCCCUGUGUUCGGGCUCGGACCUUGCCGCAGGGGCUCGGUCUCGGUUAGUGAUGAGUUUGCGAGUGUUGCUUCCCGCUUGGAGAAUUGGAGCUUAGGGUCGCCAUUCAUCGAGACGUUUCCACACUUAGUGAAAUACUUAUAG